AUGGCGCCCACCAAGAUGGCGUUUACUCAUCCCACGAAGGGCAAGGCCAAGGCCAAGACCAAGACCGUCGCGCCAACUUCUUGCGCACGACAAAGACGGGCGACACGCACUUGCAAGCACCGCGACUCACGACUUCUCCAAAUACCCACCUCCGGCUCUCUAGGAUCUAGGAAUAAAAGGUCUGCAUCUCAGAGUAUUAGCUCUAGAACUUGUGAUAGUCCAGCCACACAAGCAUCCGUAGCAGCGUCAGUUUCAGUGAUCGGUUCCAGUGCUCCUAUUGUUGACAUUGACACCAGUUGCACUGGCGCUGGCACUGGCACUGGCCCAGCCCAACCUGGUGGUGCACCAGCAACAGACACACCUGCAGCUCCAGUUAAUAUCGGCGAAGAUGAUCAAGAUGAUGAAGAGCAGGCUCAUCUUUCUGGCAAGAGGUACAAAAAAUGCACAUCACAUGUCUGGAAGUAUUUCACCAAGAAAAAGGAGGUUAUAGAGGUGGAUGGAAAGCAGUAUGAGCAGCUAUGGGGGUACUGCAAUUUCACUAGGUGCAAUAAGAGGUACAGAGCUGAGGGCCCUUGUGGGACGACUGCAUUCAAGAGCCAUUUGAGGUCAAAGCACAGUAUUGUGGAGGGACAACAACAGCUUAAUGUUGGUAAGAGCACUGGUUCUGAAAUUGCUCAUAUCGUGCCUUUCAAAUAUGACCAAGAAGUUAGCUUGAGGAAAUUGAACUUGGCAAUCACCAUGCAUGAAUAUCCUUUCAAUAUAGUUGAGCAUGAGUAUCUUGUUGAUUUCAUAAAAUCUCUUCGGCCUAGCUUUCUGAUAAAGUCUCAUGUCACUGUUAGGAAAGAAAUAAUGGACAUAUAUCUUGAAGAAAAGGAAACUUUGUAUGCACACUUAAAAACUAUCAAGUGCCGCUUUAGUGCAACAAUGGACAUGUGGACCUCAUGCCAAAACAAAGGAUACAUGUGUGUUACAAUUCAUUGGAUAGAUGAUAAUUGGCGUAUCCAAAAGAGAAUUAUUGGUUUCUUCAAUGUAAAAGGUAGACAUACUGGUGCUAAGUUAUCCGAGACAUUCAGUGAAGUUAUGGUUAAAUGGUACAUUGAGAAAAGACUGUUUGCAUUGACUUUGGAUAAUGCUAGUUCAAAUGAAGUGGCUGUCAAUGAUAUAAUUUCAGAUCUAAAAGAGAAUGGUAAUGGCUCCCUAGUGUGUGAUGGGCUGUUUUUUCAUGUCAGAUGUGCAUGUCAUAUUCUCAAUUUGGUUGCUAGAGAUGGGUUGAAAGUCAUUUUAGAAACAAUUAGCAAGGUCAAAUCACUUGUGCUAGCUGUGAAAAGGUCUCCAUUGCAGUGGGAAGAGCUUAUGAAGUGUGCCACCGAAGCUGGGUUGGAUACAAAGAGGGGUAUUCAAAUUGAUGUGUCAACAAGGUGGAAUUCUACCUACCUAAUGCUGAGAGAUGCCUUGUACUAUAAGGAUGCAUUUAUUAGGCUGAAGUCUUCAAAUCGCCGUAGGUAUGCUAAGAUUUCUCCAUCUUCUGUUGAAUGGGAAAAGGCUUUGACAAUUUAUGGUUGUCUCAAGAAAUUUUAUGAUCUCACUGAAAUUCUCUCUGGCACUUCAUAUCCUACUGCAAACUUAUUUUAUAGAGACCAUGACCUAGAAGAAUUCCUAUAUGAUGAAAGUGAACAUGCUAUGGUUGAGACAAAUGAGUUGGAGAGGUAUAUGGGGGAACCACUACUGAAAAUUGUUGGUGAGUUUGACAUCUUAGCUUGGUGGAAAAACAAGAGAGAAGAGUAUCCUAUCCUUUCACAGAUUGUUCGGGAUGUAAUAGCUGUACAAGUAUCAACGGUAGCAUCCGAGUCUGCAUUUAGUGCUGCUGGUCGUGUUGUUGAUCCCUAUCGCAGUCGUCUUGAUCCCGAGAUGGUACAGGCAUUAAUUUGCACAAAGGACUGGGUUGCUGCAGCAAAUGCGAAAGUGGUUGGAUCAAUUGUGAGUGAUCUUGAAGUUGAUGCUUUGACUAAUGUUGUGGCUAAACUGAAAAUUGAGGACAAGGACAAGGAGGGCGAUGGGGACUCUGAGGAGGACAAUGAGGAUGCAAAAGACAUGGAGAGCGAUGGGAACUCUGAUCCUGACAUCAUGGAUGAUGCUGAUGAGCUCUAG